GAUAGUUUCACCCCGCAUAAGUGAUUACAAGGUAAGAUCAACGUUGAUGAUGUAGCUGGUGUUGCCGUGGGAUUCAGAUUCCCCCUCAAUCUGUAAUACCCCAAGUUUUCCUUUCAUCUUUUCAUUAUAUGAGGCGAUAUUGAACGAGAUCUAUCGUCUUCUACGCAUGAACAGCUUUAUGAAGAAGCAAGUCGCGUUAUUCUAAGUAUGGCCGUGUUUCUAUAUAUAACCACUAUUGUGGUUGGUAUACUCUCUGCCUUUCUAUAUUCUCCCCUCAAACGUGAAGCUUUGAUUCUGGGGGUUUUGCGACCACUGAGCUCAUGGGAAAAAGUCCAUGGGAUUGAGAACCGUGUAAUCGAAGACACUGUUGCUUGUGAGGAUCUACACUACCAUGAACCGUCUGGCCUUCUGUAUUCAGCAUGCAUGGAUGAUAUGAAAAAAGCAUCAGGUUGGUUUCCGGGGUCUGGCACGUUCGAUCAUCCUGAGAACCCUAGUUUUGGGACGCUGGUGGUGAUAGAUUCGAAGACUAUGAAGACGACAAAGCUUUCCCUUGCGGGCUUUCCAUAUCCAGUAUUCGUAACUCACGGAAUAAGCAUCUACAGUCAUCCCUCAGAUAACAAGACCGUUUUUAUAUUCGCUGUGAAUCAUCAUCCCAACCAAAUUCAGUCAUCAGCUGCGCCAGAGCAGCCUAAGGCAGACUCGCGGGUUGAGUUGUUCAUACAUACCGUGGGGAGUGACACGGCAAAGCAUCUACGCUCUAUUUCGCACCCCUUAAUUAGGACACCUAACGACCUUCUCGCUUUAUCUGACAAGGAGUUUCUAGUCACCAACUGCCAUUACUACCGUGAUGGGUUGAUGCGCUUCGUGGAGGACUUAAGUCACAUAGCAUGGACUGAUAUCAUACAUGUGAAUAUCGACGGUGACAACGUUACUGCUACAGCUAUCCUCAACUCAAUCGGCACAAACAAUGGUUUGGGCUGGGGUCCGAAUGAGCAGGUUCUGAUCGGGGAUGCCACCGGCGGAAACCUCUACUUCGCAGGAUUAGUGGUAGAGAACAAGACUCUAUCGGUUUCCCAUUACGUAUCCGCAGAUGGCAUCGUCGAUAACCCGAGCUUCUUUUCUGACCCGUACACCGAGUUUGACGGAAAGGAUUAUAGCGGGUAUAUUCUACCUGGACUUGGGCGUCCGAUCGAUUUGGCCGUGAGUUUUAGAGAUCCUACGGGGAAAGCCCCUAUCCCAAGCCUUGUCUGGUUUGUACCGGCAAGUGCGGGAAAGAAAGGAGAAGGUAGUGACAAACAGGCAAGGCUCUUGUUUUCGGACGACGGAAGCUCAUUAAGGGGCGUCACGACAGCAGUGAUGGUCGCUAUUGAUCCUGCAACCAAUGACGGUAAAAGAGAAGGAUGGCUAUUCUUAACCGGAGUCGUAGCGCCAAAUAUGCUAGCUACAAAGAUCGACUUCGCUACUAUUUUGUCGUAAAAUAGUUGGAUAACGGCUGGAUUUGUGACGGGGUAGGUACAGAGUAGAUUGACGAAGGAUGCUGUCGCUUACCCCUAUUUCUUAUUGGCAUGUUCUGAGUAUGGUGGGGAUAUAGGUACUAUGGAGUAUUGCAGAGAGACGCUUGGAUGUAUGACUUAC